CCAAUCACAGGCGAGUCUCCACCCUGCGCUUGCUCCGUAUUGGCGGGCCGCUGCAGGAAUGUAAACUAUUCAACAUGGAGACGGCAGUAGAUAAGCUGGAAGCUUUGUUCCAGAAAGCUGAGGCCGAUAUAGAGUAUGUGGAAAAGCGUCUGAAAUUUGACUUCAUGACCAACGCUCGAGAGAAUGGAGCUGUUGAGGGAAACCCAGUUCAGCUCCUGGAGAACCUGGCUGCUAUUAAGGCACGUCAUGCCGCUCUGUGCAUGCAGGUGGAGGAGAUCGCGGCUGAGCAGAAACGCUCCAUGGACUCAAUCCGAUCUCACUUAGACACCACAGUAAAGCUGGUGGAGGAGCUUCACAGCACGGCUGAUUGCCAGGUUCCUCCCUUCAGUGUAGAAGAGCAGGAGGCGAGGGAGGCCCUGUGCUCGUCAGUGGCUGCUCUUUCUGUAGAGGGGCCGUCUGAACCUGCUGUCCAGGAGGAGUGUAACUCACACAGACGUUGUGGGGAAGUGACGGAUGCUGAGUUUGACGCUGUUCCACGAAGCAUCCGAGGAAGCCUCAAGCUGAAUGACCUCAACACACUCUACAGGCAACUAGCGGAUCACUUCUCAUCAGAAAAAAACAGAGCUCCACUGAGUUUACAGAAGAUGAAGAAACUGAACAUGAAAGUCAGCGAUGGAGCAGUUAAAACACUACAGCACCUCUUACUCGUUGAGACAGACAAGAAGGGCAGCAUUUCUCUGUGCUGAACAGACUGAGCUAAAACAUUACAGACCCUCCAAGACAUCUUCCACAGCACUCUUGUAUAGCUGGAGAGUGAUGCAGGUGUCUCAGAGUCUGAAUCACCUGUACUGAGAGGAAAGCCGGAGUUCCACAUGAACCCACGCUGCUGUUUUUUCUGAACUGUCCAUUAUGCAGGUUAUUUAAUUACCCAGCAAUCCAAGAAAAUACUGGAAGGAAGGCACACACGAUGCGUGUGUUUGAGUGCAGAUGGUGGAUUUUGAAACUUGUCGUCUACCAGGUAAAUGUCAUAUUGCUCCUACCUGAAAAUCCUCCAGUGGUUAUCACCACUGAAAAUCUCGGAAAUACUAUUUUUGUACACAACAUAUUUUAAUUAAACCCAUACUUCUUGGUACAUGAAAUCAUCCUGAAACAAGUGAAAAUUUCUAAUAUUCCAUAUUCUUGUUCAGAGAGGUGUCAGUAUUAUUCAGCCUGUUUCUAGAUAUUGUUAGUGGUAAUUCAUGAAGUGAAAUUUAAUUUCUAAUAUUCACUAAUUCAUAUAUAUUUUGAUCUGUUGAAAUAGAAAAUAAUUUCAAUAGAACAAGAAGGCCUACAAUCACAUUCCAUUAAAUGCUCAUGCAUGUGUUAACUGGAUGAAUUCAUUGGCUGAGAUACUUUUUGCAGUGUGUGAAUAGCAUUGUGUGGAUCUAGGGAAAAGCUCUGUCUGCUGUUGCUCUCAGAAUGAAGUUAGGUGGCAUUUCAGAUGAUAAAGAUCUGUGCAGAAAUAUUCAUUCAGUCUCAUUCAGCCAAUUAAAUGUUACCGAAUCUGCCAGGAGCUUUGCAACAGAAAAAAAUGAUUUUUUUAAUCACAAAGUACUGAAACCAUUGCUAGGAGUGUUCUAUUGUGUUGUAUUUGUUUAAUUAAAGCAUCAUCAAACAGAA